AUGCGACGGUGCGUGCGACCAGGAACCUAUGAUGGAAGCGGGUACGGGGGUUUGACAGGGAUUUAAGCGUUUCUGUGCAUCGGAAGAAACGAAUAUGAAGAAGCGAUGAAAUUGUUCCAACACGUCCUCGAAUUGGAUCCAACCAAUGUGGCUGUAAGUGAAGCUGGUCGCAUCAUGUGCUCCCUCAAGAUGUCUCCUCCUCCACCACGAUCAUAUUGUUUCACAGUCAUGCUCCGCUGGUGUACAGGAGUCAGACAACUAGUCUAG